GACUGAGGUAGUAGAGGGAAAGUUGCAUGUGGCUGUCGAAGCGGGUCGACAAUUGGCCGUUCGAGGGACGACGACGCACAUGUUUAGUAUUGAGGAUGAUCAUGCAUUCUACAUUGUCGAUCUCGAGAAUCGGACUUGUAGUUGUGCUCAGUUCGACCUGGAUGACAUUCCGUGUCGUCAUGCUUGUGCCGCUAUUAGGCGUGCAGGACUGCAAGUCACGGAUUUUGUUGGAGGAUAUUUCAAACAAUCCGUGCUGUUGGCCACAUUUAUGGAGCGUAUUGUUCCCGUUCCACAUCCUACGUAUUGGAAUGUGCCCGAUGAGAUAUCAGCCUAUGUUGUGAAACCCCCGGAUAUCACGGUCCAUGCGGGACGCCCGAAGUUGAGUAGGGCUCGUUCAGCAGUUGAGGGUCCUCCUAAUUCGGGUCCUCCUAAUUCGGGUACUCCUAAUUCUCGACCUCAAGUAUGCUCACGUUGCAAGGGUGGAGGUCACAAUGCCCGGAGAUGCAAAGCGCAAGUGGGACCAUUGGACUUGAACGUGCCGGUGGAAGGUGUCGAGCAACCACCCGAUGCACGAAGGCGGCGAAAGAAGAAAUGCGGCAUUUGUAGGAGUGGAACACACACUAGGAAUGCAUGUCCUCAAAAUGUUGGGUCGUGAGUGAUUUUGAAUCUUUGAUCUUCAAAAUAAUUGUUGGAAUGUUGUUGGAUGUUUACUUGUUGUUUGGGGUCUGA